CUGUGCAGCUGAAUUAAGUGUAAAAAAUUUUUAAGAAUGUAAAAAGUAAUUGUGCAAGUGAUUAUGUCGAAUCUGAAAUUAAUAAAAAAUCGCAUUAGAUCAGUAGGCAAUACUAAGAAGAUAGCGCAAACGAUGAGGAUGGUUUCGGCGGCAAAAUACGCCAAGGCUGAAAAGGAGUUGAAACUAGUGCGCUCCUUCGGCCAGGGUGCCACACAAUUUUACGAAAUUGCCGAAGUAAAUCCUCCUCUGAAACCUGAAUCGCAACUUGUUAUAGCUCUCACUGGAGACCGCGGACUUUGCGGAGCAAUACACUCUGGAAUUUCGAAAGCUAUAGUAGCAGAUAUCGAACAGUCGCCGAAACUUAAAGCAAAUACGAAAAUAAUUUGCGUUGGUGAAAAGAAUCGGGCAAUUUUGUCACGCAUCUAUCCGGAAAAAAUUAUAUGGGUAGCUUCCGAUGUUGGAAAGAAGCCUAUGACCUUUCUUGAUGCGGGUCUGAUUGCUGAGCAGAUUGUACAGAGUCAAGCUGAUAACAAUUUUCGACAGACGCUGAUCUAUUAUAACAAGUUUGUAAACGCAGCUUCGUACAACGCUUCCGCCAUAAAUCUUUUCGAGCAACGUGCCAUCUUCGAAUCAAAUAAAUUUCUCCUUUACGACGAUGUCAGUGCCGAAACAAUUAGCUGUUGGGUAGAAUUUGCGACAGUCACGAUGAUUUAUUGGCUUUUAAAGGAAGGAAACACUAGCGAGCACGCGUCUCGUAUGAAUGCAAUGGAGAACGCAUCAAAAAAUGCUGGCGAGAUGAUCCGAGGAUUAAUUCUGACCUACAACCGCACCAGACAAGCGGCCAUAACUCGAGAAUUGACUGAGAUAAUUUCAGGAGCGAGUGCCGUAGAAGAUAAAUAAAUAAAUAAAUAUAUCAGUAGUUUAACCAAUUGAAAUCGAAUUCAAGAAUCUUUUUUUUUUCCUUCUGUCCCUUGGCUCAGUUUGAAUGUUAGUGUUGGAACGACAUGUAAAUCAGACAAACUUGACAGUAUUUAUUGAAGUGCAAAUUAUAUAU